UAAGAUUCAAAAUGGCGAAGCGUGUCGCGAUCAUUGGAGCCGGGUGUAGCGGUCUCACUGCCAUCAAAUGUUGUGUUGACGAAAAGCUGGAGCCGUUUUGUUUUGAGCGAACUGACGAGCUCGGGGGAUUGUGGAAUUUUACGGAAAAAGCCCGCGAGGAUCAGGGGUGCGUGAUGAAGUCGACUGUCAUCAACACCAGCAAGGAGAUGAUGUGUUACAGCGACUUUCCUAUACCCAAAGAGUUCCCCAAUUACAUGCACAACACGCAGGUAUGGCAGUACUUCAAGAUGUACGCAGAUGCCUUCAACCUGAGAAAACACAUCCAAUACAACAAAGAGAUCCUGUCCGUGAAGAAGUCACGUGACUACGAGCAGACCGGAAAAUGGGAUCUGCAGGUCAGAGAUCACAAGACCGGAAGUGAGGAGACGCAGGUGUUUGACGCGGUGAUGGUGUGCACCGGUCAUCACGCCAGCAAGAACGUGCCGGACUUUACAGGUCAAGAUGACUUCCAGGGGAAGAUCCUUCACUCUCACGACUACAAGGACUGGACCGGGUACACCGGGAAGAGGGUGGUGGUUGUCGGGGUCGGCAACUCAGGCGGGGACGCAGCUGUGGAGCUGAGCAGGGUGGGGCAGGUGUUCUUGAGUACUAGACGCGGGGCCUGGGUGAUGAACAGAAUUUCAGAAAACGGUCUGCCACUGGACUUCACCGGCCGAACAAGAUUCAAUAAUUUCAUCAACCACUCCCUCCCUUCAAAGUACAGGGCAGACAGAGCCCAGAAACAGCUCAACAAACGCUUCAACCACGAGCUGUAUUCCCUCAAACCAAAGCACGGGAUCUUCUCCCAACAUCCCACAGUAAACGAUGACAUGCCCAAUAGAAUCGCGACUGGCCUUUUGAAGAUUAAGGCUGACAUUAAGAGGUUUACCAAGACUGGCGUGGAGUUCGUUGACGGGACGGUGGAAGAUAAUAUAGACGUUGUCAUACUGGCUACAGGGUAUAUAUUCGGCUUCCCGUUUAUUGACAAGUCUGUGAUCGAUGUGCAGAAGAAUAAGGUCAAGAUGUUCAAGUAUAUGUUUCCACCUGACCUGCCGAAACAGACAUUGGUGGUGAUUGGGGUUUGUCAACCUGUCGGCGCCAUUAUGCCCAUUUCGGAAAUGCAGUGUCGCCUGGCAACGAGAGUUUUCAAUGGCACGUGGAUUCUCCCGUCAAAGUACGAGAUGUGGGCGGACAUUAGGAAGAAGGAGGCGGCCAUGGCGGCGAGAUAUGUCGAGUCCCAGCGACACACAAUCCAGGUCGACUUUGUCGAGUUCAUUGACGAACUGGCGGAACUUGUCGGAUGUCGACCGAACAUUGGUCGUCUUCUCCUGACAGAUCCGAAACUUGGACUCAUGUGUUUGUUUGCGGCAACCACCCCCUACCAAUACCGCCUGAGGGGGCCGGGCACGUGGUCGGGGGCCCGGGAGGCCAUCAUGACCCAGACAGAUAGAAUGGAGUACCCCUUUAAGACCAGACCUCUCCCUGAAGGUACACAGAAACAGUCGUCCCACAGACUCCUCACACUGGUGCUGCUAGUGCUGAACCUUGCUGUCCUUUACCAACUGUUCUUUUAAAAGAGCUGGGCGAGUUUUUUGGCUCGUCGUUGUAUCAUCUUAUAAUUACAUUCAAAGAUUUUCAUAAUUUACACAGAUGGUGCUACGCUAUGCUUCCUAGGCCUAUAGGGAAUUCAAGAUUAGGGAACUGUCAGCGGUUUUUUCCGAUUGACAAUGGAAAGCUUUCUAUUAACCAUUAGUCUGCUGAAAUUUUUUCACACUUCUUGGCCCUGUCUGCUGGAUAAUAUUUCCCAUAAGGCGCAAUGAGGGUGGGUGAUUUCAAAUGGUUUUGCUUAUUAAACGAGGGACAUUUGAACCAAUAUGUGGCACAUUAAUACCCGGAAGAAAAAUACACAUUGUCAUAUAUAAAUAUCAUUUUCAAACAUACAGAGGUUAAGACCAAAGCGAACAUAAUCUUAAAUUUUCUUGCACGUACCUGAAUUACGUUAUUGAAGGUGAGAUGCGUUUCAUAUAAGAAAUUAUAAGUUUAAAUCGUUAAAUUUGUGCAAAUUGAUUUUGAAAAUAAAAUGUCCAAAAUAUUAAUAAAGUAUAUAGUAUAAAUUCGUAUUUUUGUAUCAGCAAACAACAGGGCGAUGGUAAAUUAUGAACCAUUUAAGUAUUUUUGUCAUCCAGCGUUAGACACACUUAAUUUUCGAGGUCAUAAUGUCAGUUGCGGAAAUGAGAAUAUUCGGGUUAAUAUAAUGAUUCAUGUUAUAAAAUUUGCAGGAUACAAUAAUCGGCUUCUACAUAUUCACAAAUCCUAAUUUCAAGUGUUUUGGAUGAAUUUUUUUUAUAUUUAAACAUACAAAUUCCGUGUCGUAAUGCUAGCAGACCGACCACAGCAUAAAAUAUUGCUACUCUAUAAGCAAAGUUUUCAUUGCCUUCAUAUCUAUACCUUGGCGAAAGCUCCAUGUUCAGUUUGAUAUAACGAGAGAUGAACGAAACUAAAGAUCGCGAAAUCGCUGCAAUUUUUCAGUAAGUGCAAAAGUCACCGGAUGUGAUGU